CAGGCAGGUAGUGAUGAGGCUGAGGUCCGCGGCGGAGCGAUCUGCGCCACGACAAAGAGCCGAUGUUAGCCGCAGCUUGAUCCCACUCAGGGCGCGCGCCGUAUUAUGCUGCAAACAAAAGCGUAAAAGGCGAGAGGGCUCACCGUCCACUUUUCACUAACUCGGCCUACUUCUUGGUAGUUUAUUUUAGUUGAGUAAAGAUUUCGUGCGUGGGCCAAUGGAGAAGAAAAGGUGGGAUUGUACUGCUCUUCCCAAGGGCUGGAAAAUGGAAGAAGUGACCAGAAAGUCCGGUUUGUCAGCUGGGAAAAGCGACGUGUAUUAUUUUAGUCCAUCUGGGAAGAAGUUUCGGAGCAAACCUCAAUUGGCUCGUUACCUUGGAAACCAGAUGGACCUGAGCUCCUUUGAUUUCCGCACAGGAAAGAUGCUGAUGAGCAAACUCAACAAGAACCGGCAGAGGAUGAGGUACGACAACAACAGCCAGAACAAGGGCAAACCAGAUUUGAACACAUCCCUCCCAGUCAGGCAGACAGCUUCUAUCUUUAAACAGCCUGUUACAAAAGUCACCAAUCACCCCAACAACAAAGUGAAGACAGAUCCUCAAAAAGCUGUUGACCAGCCGCGACAGUUAUUUUGGGAGAAGAAACUUAGUGGGCUCAAUGCUUUCGACAUUGCAGAGGAACUUGUAAAAACAAUGGAACUCCCAAAAGGUUUACAAGGUGUUGGUCCAGGCUGUACAGACAAAACUCUUUUAUCAGCGAUUGCAAGUGCUCUUCACACGAGUGCGGCUCCCAUCACUGGUCAGCUGUCUGCAGCAGUGGAGAAAAACCCUGGCGUGUGGCUCAACACAGCACAGCCACUGUGUAAAGCAUUCAUCGUCACAGAUGAAGACAUCAGGAAGCAGGAGGAGCUGGUGUACAGUGUGAGGAAAAGGCUGGAGGAGGCGCUUAUGGCCGACAUGCUGGCCCACGUCGAGGAGGCCGCCAAUGAAGGAGAGACUCUGAAGGAGGAGGGCAAUGGCAGUGAGGACAGUGAGAAUGUAUAGCACAGGAUUUGAAGUUCAAAAGUUUUGGUUCCUGAUUAUUUUGUCACAAACAAGUACUGAAGUCUCUCUCUUCAUCAUUGUCUGAACUGCAUCAUGGAUGAAUACUUUUUUGGACAACAGAUAAUUUAAAUGACUGGGGUUUUGAGGUCAACCGAUUUGGAUCAUAAGAUGGUUUUUAAUCCAAUUUAUUUGAAAUAUGAUAUUUAACCUCUGUGAAUAUAAUCAGUGUUUGCAAAAAGGUUUGUAUGUUGGCGACAAUCACCCAAAUUGUUUUUUCUGGCGAUAGAAUAUGUGGUGAUUUUGUGUUAUUGACACAUUUCUAUGUUACAUUUUUUUAUCAUGCACUCCAAUAUUUUUGAGCCAGGCAGACUUUUUCAAACUAGAUUUAGCAGUACGAGCUAAUCUGAAAGAACUGUUGAAGUAUAUGCUACAACCACAACUUGUUUUUGACCUCAGUUAUUUUGUGAGUCAUUUUCAGUAUUGACCAAAGAGGAGACAUUUUGUUUUGUAAGUACAAAAACGAUGGAAGUUAACCUGAACGUAGACUGACUAUAAUGCUAAGGGACUUGAUACCUCCUCUUUCUGUUCAUUGUAAUUACAGGUGCUUUAUUGGUGCUGUUUCACACUGCAUUUUUGUACCAGGAUUUCACAGCUUCACCCCAUGUUAUUUCAACUUUUUAAUGUUACUACACACAGACUGCCUCCUCUACCCACGCACAAAACUGGUCAUGAGUAAUUUUGUAUUUUUAUCCCUGUUGAUUAUUAUUAUUUCUAUUGGAUCCACUGAAAUCCUGUCAUAUUGUGUAUCAACAGGCUGUAUGCAGAAAUUGAUUGUAUUAUUAAAAUUAGUCCAAAUGUCACCAA